AUGGGUUCAAUUAAAACUACCUAUUUUCUCAUUUUGUGCAUUUUUUUGGUUUCAAUAUCUUGUCAACAGGCAAAUGCUAUAAGAGCUUUGGGUAUGGAGAAAUGGCUAAGGGAACAAGUUCCAUUAUUGGCUUCUCUUCCCAGGGGUCCAGUGCCACCGUCUAGUGGUUCUCCUUGCACUUACAUUCCCGGGCCUCCUGGCUCGAGCACCGGCACUUGCCCGUUGAAUGAAAAACACUUUGCCGGUGGUGGUGCCGCCCAUGCGCCACCAGCUUCUCCGAGGAGUGCCAUAAACUAUGGCAGCACUUCUUCGUCCACGACAAACCAUGAAACCGGAAAGAAUGAUUCAACUUCUUGA